GACUGUCAGGGUCAGAUGGCCGCUCAGCCUAAUUAGAGCAGCUCAGGGAAGAUCCUCAGCUUAGUGCUCUACGGCUAGGAGCGGGAACACACAGGCAUACAUACGCCCACACACACGCGCACACACACGCGCACACACACACGCGCACGCACGCACGCACGCACGCACGCACGCACGCAGGGCCGGCCGCGGGAGAGGCCGCCCAUAGGCCCGCUCCGGGCUCCUAGUGAUUAGAGCAGCUCAGCUCUACAGGAAUAGGAGGAGGGUUCGCAGUUCAGCGCCACAACCGACGCAGCACCACGCUGAAUAUGUAUAAAUAUACACCGGUCCGCACCAAUUAGCUUUACUACUGCUGUAGUAGGGAUUGUUGGGAUCCGCCGUGCCAGAAAAGGGAGGACACUACAAGCCAAAUGGGAUUGACCUCAGCUAAAAACAACAAGUUUUUGCGUUCUUCUUAUUAUUGUUUUUUUCUUUUAUAUGCUGGACUGUAUUUUUGAAUAGCACCAGGGGACGUUCCUGACGGAGGUCUUAGGGGAAAACGACUAUUGAGGAAGCCUAGGUGUUGAUUUCAACAGGUCAUUGGGAUCUCAUUUCAUGUAAGGAACUAUGGUUAACCACUAUGAACACUUGAUGGCAGAUCAAAAGAUGGACCAACUGGUAACUGGUUAAGCAACUUCCCCCAUCACAAACGGAGAUUAGAAAAGAAUGAUUUGCUGGUUGAUGGCGUUUUUGCGGCAGAGCGGUGACUACUGCCACGCCCAACACAUUUGAGAGGAACGUGCGAUGAAACUUCAGCCGGCGUCUCUGACGUCCUGAACGCCUCUCAGCGGUUUCCUUUAGCUUCAGAGACAGCCGACCCAUGGGGUAACCAGUGGAUACUAGCCCUCGAGAAGAUAACAGGAAAGAAACAAAGCGAGAGAGAGGAAAAACUGAACUUCGGUGCCGAGCACGACAUAUAGUGUGUAGAAAGGAGUAAGGACCGGACCUGAACUUAACCCAGCUGAUGGGGUAAAAACUGUUUUGGACACACCAACGGGACAACAGAACUGGGAAGGUUUCAAUAACUGUAUAGGAGACUACAGAGCGCAUGCGGGAAGUUUGAAAUCGCCCGGAGAACUGAUAUCCAAUCACCUGGUCUGGGAGUGGAAACGAGAGCUGCUUGCUUGUUAAAGCCAAAGGGGCAAACGGGUGAUUUCUAAAGGUCAGAGGUCAUCCUCGGAGGUCACAGAUCCCAAUGGCUAACAUGAUUCGUCCGGCUCCUGUGGAGCUCUGCCACAAGAACAUGAGGUUCCUCAUCACUCACAACCCCACAGACAGCACGCUAACGUCUUUUAUAGAGGACCUGAAGCGGUUUGACGCAACAACAGUGGUUCGAGUGUGUGAGGUAACCUACGACAAAGCCCCGCUGGAGAAAGAUGGAAUCACAGUGGUGGAUUGGCCAUUUGAUGAUGGUGCUGCACCCCCCAGUAAGCUGGUUGAAGAUUGGUUGAACCUGUUGAAGAAGAAAUUUCAGGAGGAUCCAGGAUCCUGUGUGGCUGUUCAUUGCGUAGCCGGACUUGGCAGGGCUCCUGUCCUGGUGGCUCUGGCUCUGAUAGAGAGUGGGAUGAAGUAUGAAGAUGCCAUUCAGCUCAUCAGACAGAAACGUCGUGGAGCCAUCAACAGUAAACAGCUGACUUACCUGGAGAAAUAUCGGUCAAAACAUAGACUACGCUUCAAAGACUCUCAUUCUCCAAAGAACAAGUGUUGCACCAUGUAAAAUAAAACACACACACUGGCACAUGAUCUCUCAGACACAGACACACACACACACACACGUUUUGCACUAUGAAGGACAAAAGCACUUUUUGCUACUUCAUCACAAAUGAAGUCCUCCUUAGCCUUCCUUGAUAUUCUUUUAAACAACCUCGAAGUUAAUUUGGAGAUCUUUCAAUGCACAGAUGAAUAGCUUCGUUAUGGGAUUUCAGAGCUUGUUUCUAAUGACUUCAUGUAUUUGAGAUGUUUUUCGCAACAGAUAUGCUUUGUUUGAUGGGUUAGCACGGAGAGAGACGGGAAAGAUGGGAGCAAGGGAGUGUUAGCGUGAUGUUUUCACAGAUAUUUCGCGUUUUCUUUCUGUUUUAUUCAACUUUGUGGUGAGAAUAGUGACACCAGAUCAAAUUACUUUUAUAUUAAACUAGCCCUAUUUCGUGGUUCAAAGGUGAACCGUGAAAAUCUAUUUUCCAUUUCAUAGUCCUUUGAAGUCUAAAUGGCUUUAUCAACCUUGAUCAAAUAUGAUCCCUUUAUUAUGCGCUUUGGCCUUGGUUAACACCCAGAUUCACUUGGUUCAAACAAAACACAUCCAGUUCCACGAUUUUAUUAGAUGGAUCUGAUUAGAUGCGUCCACUGGAUUCAUAUUUCCCCCAAACACUGAACUCAUUCCUGUUAUUCAAGAGCAACGUACCAUCCAACCUCCGAGACGGCACUUUCUCAGGGGAAACACUGGUGCAAAGGCUCUUUCUAAUUGGUUUAAAUUGGUGAUGAGUGAUUGUACUCGCCUCUUUGAGCUAAUGGCUAACCCAGAAAUUACAAAACCUUGGUUUGGCGCUGUCAAAUUUCCUCUAUCCCAUCAUGAGAAUGAUGUACCGUUUACAUGUACUGAACAAUACUGAAAAACAAACCACCACGACUAGAGACAAGACGGUAUGGUCAUAAUGGUCCUUUAGUACGAGACAAGUCAAGUACCUAUUCUGUGCAUCAGCCAGGGGUUGUUUUACAUAUAAACUCCUUGGUUUGGAAACUUAAGACACAUAUUACAAAAGAAUGUAACCUAAAUAACCUAAACCAUGGUUAUUUUAUGGUCAAUUGAGUAGAAGAUUGAUUUAAAAAUGUGUGUAUGUGUGGGUGGGUGUGUAUGUGUGUAUAUGUGAGAGAGUUGUAUGUGCGUGUAUUUGUGCGUGUGUAUGCGUCUGCUUGUGUGUCUGUGUAUAAGGAUUGUGUGUGUGUGUGUGUGUGUGUGUGUGUGUGUGUGUGAAAAGAGUAACUACGCAUUUGAAAGUCUUGUGUUCUUUUGUUGGGUUUUGUUUUUAACGCAUGUUUUUAAAGCAAACAUUUUCAUGUAUCCUAAAAGGAAAAGUCAUUGGCUUUGUUUUUAAAGUGGCGACUGAUGACUAAAGCUUUGUUUUCACAUCACAAUUGGCCUAGCAUGUUCUUAGCAUGUAGCAUUAGCCCUGAUAUGACUGUUAACUCGAUAAGUGUACCUAAUGAGUAGUUACUCUUUAAUGUUUGUUGCUCUAAAUUGUUUGGAGAGUUACAAUAGGUGGCUGCUUUUCCAAGCUAGUCUAUAACUGGCCAGCUGUUAAGAAAAUUUAAUAUCUGUUGUCGCUUUUCUCAGAAUCCAAUUAAAAGAGUAAUAUAUCUGUACAUUCUUUAAAUAAUAAAAUGAUUUAAUUAUUUAUCUUUUGAUGUCCAUUAAAGACAUUGGAAAUCGAUAAAUUGUUGUUGAGUCACAUUACUCUCAAGGCAAAUCCAGUUACGAUGGAAUUUGAUUUUUCCACACAUCAGCACUUCCAAGUUAUCCACUAGGCCUGUUUAAUUGAAUAAAAAUGUCUCUGAUCAGAAGCAUCCUGGACCUUAAUUUCCUGCUUGCUGUUUAUAAAUGAAAAGCCUCACCCAUGGGAAUGUAUUCCUUGUGUCUGAGAGUUCUUCUGCUAAUGAAGAACUAUUGCCAAAUUAAACCGAUUGACCUGCCCAGGGAAACACUGGUGUAUAAAUGGUUCCGUUAAAAAGAAAAAACGUUUUACCUACCGCAUGCCUCUUCUUCUUGUAACCUUGUUUGUUGGA